CCUGGCAAGUUCACCUUCAUGGAUCCCCUAAACCUCUCCUGGUACAACACCGGGGACAGGAAUUGGAGCAAGCCGCUCAACGAGUCCAGCGCAGACCAGAAGCCUCAGUAUAACUACUAUGCCGUGCUGCUCACCCUCCUCAUCUUCGUCAUUGUGUUUGGCAACGUGCUGGUCUGCAUGGCUGUGUCCAGGGAGAAAGCCCUGCAGACCACCACCAAUUACCUGAUCGUCAGCCUGGCGGUGGCGGAUCUCCUGGUGGCCACUCUGGUCAUGCCCUGGGUGGUCUAUCUGGAGGUGGUUGGGGAAUGGAGGUUCAGUCGGAUCCACUGUGAUAUCUUUGUCACCCUCGAUGUCAUGAUGUGCACCGCCAGCAUCCUCAACCUCUGUGCCAUCAGCAUUGACAGGUACACGGCCGUAGCGAUGCCAAUGCUGUACAACACCCGCUACAGCUCCAAGCGCCGGGUCACCGUCAUGAUCGCCGUGGUCUGGGUGCUCUCAUUUGCCAUCUCCAGCCCAAUCCUGUUUGGCCUCAACAAGGCAGAUGAGAAGGAGUGCAUCAUUGCCAAUCCUGCCUUCGUCGUGUAUUCCUCCGUUGUCUCCUUCUACGUCCCCUUCAUCGUCACCCUGCUGGUGUACGUGCAGAUCUACAUGGUGCUCCGCAGGCGCAGGAAGCGCGUCACCACCAAGCGCAGCAGCCACGGCCUGGACUCGGACACGCAUGCGCCGCUGAAGGACAAAUGCACUCAUCCAGAAGACGUGAAGCUCUGCACAGUUAUUGUGAAGUCCAAUGGGAGUUUCCAAGUUAAUAAGCGCAAAGUGGUGAGUGCGGAAAGUCACAUAGAGAUGGAAAUGGAGAUGGUGUCCAGUACCAGUCCCCCUGAGAGAACCAUUGCCAAGCCAGCAGCGCCAAGCAACCACCAGCUGGUUGUGCCCAUCGCCUCAAGCCGGUGCACCUUGGACAGCCCUGGGAAAGUAGAGAAGAACGGACAUGCCAAAGAAAAUCUACACACAGCCAAGGUCUUUGAGAUCCAGUCCAUGCCUAAUGGCAAGACGAGGAGCACUCUUCUCAAGGCUAUGAACAGGAGGAAACUCUCGCAGCAGAAGGAGAAGAAAGCCACCCAGAUGCUAGCCAUUGUACUUGGUGUUUUCAUCAUCUGCUGGCUCCCAUUCUUCAUCACUCACAUCUUGAACAUGCACUGCGAUUGCAACAUCCCCCCAGCAAUGUACAGCGCCUUUACGUGGCUUGGAUAUGUCAACAGUGCUGUCAAUCCAAUUAUUUACACCACCUUCAAUAUUGAAUUUCGCAAGGCUUUCAUGAAGAUCCUCCACUGUUAAAAGUAAAAACAUUAACCACAAUUUUAAGAAUGAGAAAAAGAAACCAAUGCCAUUCACGCGCACAAACAGGCAGCCAUGGAGAGGUCUCGAGCUCCUGCGCUGGGCAUGAGGAGCGCAGUGCCGUGGAGCGCCGUGCCCACACGCCUCUUGGCAGGGACAUCAUGGGGACCUUCAUGCUGAGGCUCUCCCACUCCUCGGGGCGACCUUUGGGCUCCGGGACAUCCAUCGCAGAGGCACGUCUAAGAGUUACCCUCACACUGUGUUUGAAGUGGAAGCAAAAAUCGAGACACACUCGCUUGAUUCUUGCCUGUGGCCAUCUAACCUUGAGUGCAUUAAACACAGACACUCGCAGAGCCGCGUGCAGGCAGUGAUGAGUCACUGCUGCUGGCUCGUGCAUGGAGUCACCGAUACGAUUCUCACCAAAGACAAGAGCAUCUUUACCGCUUUGCAAUAGGAGCCAACAGAGCUUGCAGAAACUCCGUACAAUAUCUUUGCCUUCACCUCCAGCUGACUUACCCAGCAUCAAACUGCUGCAGCCCUGAGGGAAAACACACACACAAAUUUAAGAGGUCCCCAGGUGGGUUAAGAAGGCUCUGCCACCUACAGAUCCAACCCCUGCAACAAGCAAUGGGCAGAAGGAGAAGGGGGAGCAUAAGUCUCAUGCAGGACCGCUACAUCAAUGUAAAUAAGAAUAAAUAGGAUGAACUGAACAGAAGCCCAAGCCAAAAAAUAAAAGGAGAGAGAAGUUAAAGAAGUGACACUUUGUACUGCACAGUAUGCACUCGCGUCAAACAAGACACCAACCAUCACUGAUUGUCAGCCAGCCCAGCAGCAAUUUCUACCCACCAGCAUUUCAUCUCCAGACUUUCUCAAGAAGUAAAAGCCAGGUGAGGAGCGAUAGCAUGAUGAAUGUAGAGACAUGAUGACUGUGCCAGGAGAGGCUGUGCAUCUGGGGCCACAUCUGUUUCAGAUGUGAACUUGGACAGGACAAGUUAGGUCCAGUCCUUCCCACCUAACUUUAAGGCACCAUAAAGCCAAGGAUCACCUCAGAUAUGGUUUACCUAUGUUUCUCAACAGGGAGUGUGUAACGCCGUGCCUACUUCAAAUUAAUAGCAAAUGAGAUCGAGACUGUGAUUUUGGAAAAAAAGCCAGAAUAAAAGCCCAAGAAUGUCCCUAGCUAAACCUGCUCUGUGUCCAGGUGGGACUCUGGAUGGGUCCGGAUGUUUCCAGCAUCCCUUACCCUCUGCUAUGUUUCAUAGUUUAAAACAAAUGGAAAUCCAUAACAGCGUAAUGUCACCACGAUGACUCUGGCAUUGCCAA